CCGUCCUCCAUCACUACCGGACGAACUACAGAGCUUUGGACACCCUUCCCUCUUGUAAGAAAAAGAUCAGCAUGCAUUUUAUCGGAUGGAUCAGCUUGACCACUCUUCUAGCAAUCUGGAGUCUACUCCAAGGUCAAGAAAUGGAGCAACUGACUUCAGCCAGUGGCAUAUACUUUGAUGAGCUAGGAACGGUUCGUCUAUUUCCGAUGAAGUGGAAGUUUGUGAGUUAUAUAGAUUUAGAACCACACAGGGAGCUGUGGCGUCAAACCAAGAACUUUCAGACAAGAGUGACAGAGUAUUGUAACAAGUUAGAAACACAGGAAUGGUACUAUCUUACUGACUGUAAACCAUCCUUAUCUUACUUCAAGUCUAAGGCUAAAUAUAUCGAUCAGCUGAAUGAAAAUUUGAUAGACUACACAAGUGCAAAUAAGCCCAUUAGGAAACGUAGAUCCCCAAGAGAAAAGAGAGGAUUGAUAAAUUUUGUAGGUAAAGGAUUUCACCUUUUGUUCGGGACAGCAACUGAUGCUGACGUUGAGAAUAGUAAUAAUUAUAUUAGCAAACUGGAAGCUGAGCAAACCAAAUUUUUGCAUAUUGCAAAUGAUGAAAUGACCAUUAUCAAGACUACAAUUAAUUCAAUUAACAGCACGAUCCUGAAGGUGGAUCAGAAUGAAGAAUUGUUGAGAAAUGGUAUGUUAUUGCUUGAAAAGCGUACGGGAGAAGAAAUAAGCGAGUUAAAGGUAAAAUAUGAACAAAUAAAUUUGAUUAAUGAGCAGAUUAAAAUAGUUAUAAGAGGUAUGGAAGAAAGCCAGCACUCUUUUGAAGUUUUUAUAGACGCGUUUGUACACGCAGAGCAAGGUAGCCUCCAGCCACAAUUAUUAACUAUAAGGGCUGUAAAAGGCAUUGUUUCAAAGCAAACACUGCCUCAGGGUCUUGAUUUUCCGACAUUUCCUACUUCUGAACUAUCACGUAUUAUAACUAUGCAUGCGUAUGUAUAUCAACAAUAUUUAGUAUAUAUCAUUGAAAUUCCAUUAUUGCUACCCACCAAUUUUUAUUUGUAA